AUGGAUUAUAAGCUAUGUGGCAGGUUUCGUCAUUUGAGAAACUAUUUUCCCGAUGAAUUAGGAAAAAUUUCAGAUUAUGAUUUUCAUGAUAAUGGGAAGAUUGAGAAGUAUUGUCCUAUUGUAGGUUCAAAAAAUAAAUGUGAAACUGAGGCCUAUAAAAUAAAUGCUGGAUGUCUAUGGUUGUUAGAGCAAAAUAUUGUUAAUAGGAUUAGUGAUUUAAGUAAAGAUCAGGCUAAAGCGUUUAUUAUGUACAUUAUGAUAUGGUUAAUUUAUAUGUUAAACCUAAAAAAAGAUAAAAACAUUAACUACCUAAAAGAUUUUUAUGAAGCGAAUAUAAAGGAUAACAGUCAUUAUACUAAUUGUAAAAAAGGUAAUAUAGAUUGUAGUAAUUCAUUAAAAAAUAAACUGGGAUAUAAUAAUUUUAAGGAGAUCAUAAAAGAAAACGAAUAUUUCAUGAAUAUGGAUAUGAACAUUAUUUCUAACUUUUAUGAUGCAUUUAAAUCAUUAUGUAACAUGUAUAUUGAAUAUGAUGCAAGCAGUCCAGAUUGCAACCAAAUUUCGCAAGAUGCUAAUGAAUUUGCUGAAAAAUAUAAAAAACUUAAUGAUGAUUCUAAUAAUACUGAUGGAAGUUCACAUAGCCAAAUAUUGUCUAUUUUGUCAAAUGAUUAUGAUAAUUUUAAAAAGAAAUAUAAUAAUGAUCAAUAUUGCAAAUCUUUAUCCCUUCCAACGAUAGAAAAGAAAAAAAAUAUUGUAAAAAGUUCUGAAAAAAUGAUUGAACAAAUUUCCGAAGUUGCAUCAUCAAGUUCGUCGAUAGCAAACAAAUUAAUUAUAGCUUUAUCGAUAUUUGCUGCAAUACCAAUUUUUUGGGGAUUUUCUUAUAAGUAUUCGUUAUUUGGAUUUCGGAAAAGAGCUCAAAAACAACAUUUAAGAAAAAAGCUAAAAAAAUAA